AUGUCACAAGUACAAAGAAAAAAGCAAUCCAACCAACCUUCACUGGUUUUGAAGGCCUCGGAGAAUGCUGUCUUGUUCCAAUUGACUGGUCCCAAAUGUGUUGCGCUGGCAUCAGCAGUGGUGCAAGUCUACCUGGCCGAUCCGCCGUUCACAAAAUGGAACAAGAGGUAUGUCGGAGUGGCAACAUUCAUCAAGGAUAAUGGCAAGAGGUCUUACUACAUCAGGGUCUACGAUAUUGACUCUCGGUACUUGAUAUGGGAGCAGGAGCUGUACAAUCAGUUUGAAUACAAAGUCCUCAGGUCAUUCUUCCACUCAUUUGAUACUGACGACUGUCCAGCUGGUUUGAAUUUCUGCAACGAUGAGGAGGCCCGACUCUUCAGUUCUGCUGUCAUCGAUCACUUGAACAAGAAAGAGAAGAGAAGAUCUGAGAGGAACUCAUCAAUGCUCCUCAACUCACAGACCUCCCUUCAGCACAGUUUGAGUAUUUCAUCCAAGCCAACUUCAAUGCAGCUCAAUCAGCCUAUGACAUCUUUGAGUAAUUCAUUCAAUGACUCAAUGAAAUCGAAGAAAUUGGAUACUAAAAAGAAGGAUAAGAAGAAGCAGAAACUUGAGAAGAAAGACAUUGGAACUCCAAGUGACUUCAGACACGUGAAUCACGUUGGCUGGGACCCUGAUAAAGGGUUUGAUAUGAACAACCUGGACCCAGCCAUGAAGUCACUUUUUGACCAGGUAUUACUGGACGAAACUCAGCUGAAAGAUAAGGAAACAGCACAGUUUGUCUACAAGUUCUUGGAGGAUCGUGGUGGUGUAGAAGCAAUAAAAAAGGAGAGACCCAGGCCCCUGCCUCCUCCUGUCAUCAGCCAACCCAUGCCACCACCAUCAGCUGGUCGGACGGGAGGCUCUAGAUCAGCGGCGCCACCACCGCCUCCACCGCCGAUUUCAAAGCCAGGUCCUCCUCCUCCUCCACCGCCAGUUCGUCUUGCUUCAGGUCCACCACAACCAAGCCCCCCGCCACCCCCUCCAACACCAUCCAGACAAGGUCCACCACCUGUUCCGCCAUCUCAUUUUCCUCCACCAGUGAGUGGAGGCAACAUUCCUGGUGGAGUUCCUCCUCCCCCUCCUCCACCACCUCCACCUCCUGGACCCCCACCACCUCCAUCAUCUCAUAACGCAGGUUCUGGAAGGGCGGGCUUGUUGGAUAAGAUACAGGAAGGUGUCUCAUUGAACCACGUGGAAUCGAAUGCUUCGAGUGAAUCUGAAGGUGGAAGAAAUGCUUUGUUGGCCCACAUAAGAGAAGGCGUUUCACUAAAAUCGGUGACAGUAAAUGAACAGGCCAAACCUGACGUUGAAUCGGAUGAAGGGAUUGCUGGAGCACUUGCCAAAGCCUUGCGAAUGCGUGCCAAGGCUCUGGGCGCAGCUAAUUUCGUAAAUAUUCAACAAAAGUGA